CUCAAUACGCCUUUACUUCUCCAGCUAUUAUAUACUUUGGAACCUUUCUCAUUCUUUUCCUCUCUGUCUAUAUAACAUACUUAUCACAGAAUACACACUGAAAGUAAAAAUACUAGUCUCAGGUUUCAAAAACACGGAAAUAGAAAUUAAGGAAGCAUGGGGAGAGCUCCUUGCUGUGACAAGGCUAACGUGAAGAGAGGGCCAUGGUCACCAGAAGAAGAUGCCAAACUCAAGUCUUAUAUCCAAGAACAAGGCACUGGCGGCAACUGGAUCGCUUUACCUCAGAAGAUAGGGCUGAAGAGAUGUGGGAAAAGCUGUCGGCUUAGAUGGUUGAAUUAUCUACGACCGAAUAUUAAGCAUGGAGACUUUUCGCAUGAAGAAGAUAACAUCAUUUGCACCCUCUACAUGAGUAUUGGAAGCAGGUGGUCGAUUAUUGCUGCACAAUUACCUGGAAGAACAGAUAAUGAUAUAAAGAACUACUGGAACACAAGGCUGAAGAAAAAGCUACUGGGCAAGCAAAGGAAGGAAGUGCAACAUUCUAGGAGAUCAAGUAGCUGCUAUCUAAAGGUCAAGCAACAAUACGAGACUGCGAUGAAGAAUUUAGAUGACGAAUCCCAGGCCAACAUCAACAACAUUCAGCCUGAUCAAUCUAAUUCAUCUGGUGACUGCAUUCCAAAACUACAUCCUGAUCAGGCCACCAUGUAUCCGACCUUAUACACGACCCAUGAUCUCCCACCUCAUCCGAUCAAGAAGCAUGACCAAGAAACAUUCUAUGAUUUCCCUUUCAAUAUAUCAUCUAGUACUUUUGAAAACUACCAUUUACCCCCUAACGACAAUCUCAAUCACUCCUUGAAGUUCCCGGUCUCUUCCACACUCAUGGAUUAUUAUUCUACUACUACUACUACUACUACUACUACGAGCAAUAACUCUCAACUGUCGAACACGACUCAUGCCUACUCCAGUGAUUUAGCAAGUUACUUGAACACAUUUCCAAAUAUUAAUCAAAUGGAUGAAACGAUACUCUAUGGAUUUGAUGAGAUGAGUAGCUUGUGUGGAGUGGACAUAGUGAAUGCUGGUACAAGCAAUCCUGCAGGGAGUACAACUAGUUGGAAAGGAGAUAUGAGCUCCUUUGUUUGCGCAUUUGAAGAACCAGCUUAUAUUGGGAUUCAUCAACACUUAAGUUAGGUACUGCACUCUGGACAUUACAUGAUAUAUGUAUAUUUAAUUUCUUUUAUUCAAAUAAUGAUGACAUUUUCAGUAUCUAGCAAGGAUCAAAAUAGUUUAUAUUGUCGGUUCUGAUGAAUCGUAUAUACAUAUUGAUGAACUCGAAGAUUUGUUUGUUUCGCACUAUCACUUUCAUUCUGAUGGCUUCAAAUUUCUUCAUACAAAGAAAUACUUGUACAGUACUGUUCCUUUCAUUUGUACUAUAUACUAGGUUCUUUGCUUCUGCUGAUA